AUGGUGCCCAACCAUACCGACCUACUUGAGAACAACAUCCAUGUAGACCCGGCGACGGGCCACAUCACGGGCAUCUGCGACUGGAAGGACGCCGAGGUCAGUCCGUUCGGCACGUCGUUGGAGGGGCUCGAGAGCCUGCUGGGAGAGCGUACGACGACGGGCUGGCGCUGGGUCACCGAUUCGCGCGAGCUUCGGCGUGCGUUCUGGGACGCAUUUGCCGCCAUCGUGGGACCUGGCGUGGACCUGGAGCGUGUUGGGGUUGCACGGCUGGUUGGCAUUUUCGUAAAGUAUGGCUUUGUGUGGGUAGACCGAGAGAACAAGCGGCUGCUGACGGAAAGUGACAACGGCUCAUCGUUUCUUGAUGCCAUCACGUUAGGUGUGGAAGAUAUCUGGGUCGACCCUUCAAGUCAAACAUGA